AUGCAUCAUGCGUUGCUCAUUCCAGACGUCCGAGCCUACAUCUUCGCCUCUAUCAAGGAAGAUAAGCAAACGGGUCGAUGUACAUUUGCUAUGCUAGCCAGAACAUGCAGCGCCCUCAGUGAGGCCUCUCUGGACGUUCUGUGGAGCGAACUCGAUAGUUUGCGUCCGCUAGCAUCGUGCAUCUAUGCAGCAAACACUAUGCCGUUGAGCGAUGAGGCAUCCAAUGAUGACAUGAGACCAGAUUUCUCUAUCUUCGACAAAUAUGCUCAUCGUGUCCGCAAGUUGGACCUUUCCGGACAACAAAGAUUCUUGAGACGCAACGGCGGUUACCCAUCUCUCACCGAAGAUUUAGGCGCAUUACUCUAUUAUCCACUGAACUCUCCCCUCCUCCCGAACCUCAGGCACUUAGCUUGGGCCCCUGGGAUGGGUCUCAAUUUACUACGUCAUCUGCUCAGUCCACAUCUGCUGUCGCUGAAAAUUCCCAGCCACCGCUGGAGCUCAGCAUCCACUCUGUUUGCCCUGACCAAAAUCCCUGGACUUUGCCCGAAAAUCAAAUCACUGACACUGCAAGUUCAUUCUUGGGAUGGACAUAUAGACUCAGAAUUAACCCAAAGCACGCAUUGCAUAUCUCGGGUAAUCGGCUCUUGGGACAAACUAGAGGAACUGGACUGCAACCCCAUGACCUUUAAAGGUCUCCUACGUCUAUCUGGGAUGCAAUCUCUCAAAGUCCUCCGACUGCAAGUUAACGCCACAUCUGUUAUUGACCUACCUUCAGACUCGCUUUCAUUUCCAUCGCUGAAUAUUUUCCAGUUCCAAACUGACACCCUGGAAACUGCCAUCACUCUUAUGAAAGCGAUGAAAAGCUUUCCCAAAUCGUUGAAAAUUGACGUGUUCGCGGGCCGGUCCCGCAGAGGAAGUUGCAGUCCAGACAAAGUCGGGGACCUCUUGUGCCUCGUCAGUCGAGGUGCAUUACACCAAGAACUUCGACAUCUCAGCAUGAAUCUCCCAUUCCUUCUGGGGGAUGAUCCUGACAAUAUCUCUGACAUACUACAACCCCUCUUCGUGUGUUGUGGACUUCGCACAUUGUCCAUACGAAUGUCAUCGCCAUUCACUCUUGAUGACGACGAUUUGAAAAUGAUGGCUUCCGCGUGGCCACUGCUCGAGGAACUCGAGCUGAUCGAUUUACGACCACACCUUUUCUUCCCUAUCAGAUCACGAACCGCUGAAAUUACUUUUCGCGGCCUCAUUUCGCUCCUGAAACUAUGCCCGAAUCUUUACUAUUUUGACCUAGCGCUCGACGCUACUAAAUUGGAUGGUCUGCAAGGCGAUAAGCCAGGCGGUGGAGUUUGCAACCGACUGGUCAAGUAUGCCAGGCUUAUCGACUCGCCCAUUGGCGAUCCUAAGGUGGUUGCCCACAUCCUCCUCGACAUACUUCCUGAGCUUGAUCCCCUUGCGGGGCCAAACGCUCUACUGCCAGCUCCACCUCAAAACAUGCCGCCUCAUGUCAUGGCGCCUCAAAGGUGGAACAUGGUUCGUCAGAUAAUGAUGGAGUCCAGACACGCUACACCUAGCGAAAUCUAA